UAUAGAAAAUUAUAACCUAUUAAAUUUUACAUUUAUUUCAUAGCUGAUUAUCAAGGUCCAGCACCACCAUCUGGUACAGGUCCACAUCAAUAUAUAUUUUUAUUAUAUAAAUCGGCUAUACCUGCUCCUCAACAUGAUGCAUCAAUUGCUGUUAGUGAUUCAGGAAAGCGAAAACAAUUUCAUUUGAGAAAAUUUGAACAUGACUUUCAGUUACAAUUAAUUGCUGCAACAUCGUAUACUGUUAUUGGCUAA